AUGUAAAACAUAGUCGCCGAAUCAUAUAGAGUUAAAGCUCACUUGAUUUUUGAUAGAGAAUGUCUGUUCAAAAGACCUAUUAGUUAAAAUAAUAAUGAGGCUAGAGAAUGGUAGGGAUUUAUCAAGGAUAUAAAGAAUACUAUAAGAACAACUUCUUAAAAAUAAAAAGGAGAAAUUAUUUAAACUAUUCAUUCUGUUCAAAAUAAGAUUCAAAUUGAUUAAAAAAAUCUUUAGGAAUAAUUUUCUAAUCUUAAUGAUAAAUUUGAAGAAAUACAGCAGACUAAUGAAAAUGUUCUAAACUUUUUAAAACGAAAUCUUUCAGCUAAAUUAAUGAAGGCUGAUUUGAUGGAUAAUGCAAUUCAUUUAAAUACUAGUGGACUUAAUAUGCAGGUGAAAGCAAUAGAUAAGCAAGUUAAAUAACUAGAUGAUCAAUUCAAAGAACUAGCUCAAGGACUUGAUGCAAAAGUUCUUAAAAUUCAGGAUGAAAUGGAGUUUAUAAGGAACUCUUUGAUUUAACUUCUAUAAAAAAAUAAUUAAUGA